AUGCAGAAAAAGAAGUCCUUAUCUGCAGGCAGAGUGCCUCUGAUUCUCUUCCUGUGCCAGAUCAUUAGUGCCCUCGAAGUACCUCUUGAUCCAAAACUUCUUGAAGAUUUGGUACAACCUCCGACCAUCACUCAACAGUCUCCAAAAGAUUACAUUAUUGACCCUCGGGAGAAUAUUGUCAUCCAGUGUGAGGCAAAAGGGAAGCCCCCUCCAAGCUUCUCCUGGACUCGUAAUGGGACGCACUUUGACAUAGAUAAGGACCCUCUGGUUACCAUGAGCCCUGGCUCGGGGACCCUCGUUAUCAACAUCCUGAGUGAAGGGAAAGCUGAGACCUAUGAAGGCAUCUAUCAGUGUACAGCGAGAAAUGAACGCGGGGCUGCAAUUUCCAAUAACAUUGUCGUCCGCCCAUCCAGAUCACCAUUGUGGACCAAGGAAAAACUUGAACCAAUGACACUUCAAAAUGGUCAGCCUUUGGUUCUUCCCUGCAGGCCCCCAGUUGGAUUACCACCACCUAUAAUAUUCUGGAUGGAUAAUUCCUUUCAAAGACUUCCACAAAGUGAGAGAGUCUCCCAAGGUCUAAAUGGAGACCUUUAUUUUUCCAAUGUCCUGCCAGAGGACACACGUGAAGACUAUAUCUGUUAUGCCAGGUUUAAUCACACUCAAACCAUCCAGCAGAAGCAGCCUAUUUCUGUGAGGGUGAUUUCAGUGGAUGAAUUGAAUGACACUAUAGCUGCUAAUUUGAGUGACACUGAGUUUUAUGGUGCUAAAUCCAAUAAAGAGAGACCACCAACAUUUUUAACUCCAGAGGGUAAUGCGAGCAACAAAGAAGAAUUAAGAGGAAAUGUCCUUUCACUGGAGUGCAUCGCACAAGGAUUGCCAACUCCCAUUAUUCACUGGAUAAAAGAGGAUGGAACACUACCUGCCAACCGGACAUUUUAUAAGAACUUUAGGAAAACACUGCAGAUCCUUCAUGUUUCAGAAGCCGACUCCGGAAAAUACCAGUGUAUAGCUAAAAAUCCAUUCGGAGUCAUCCACCAUACCAUUUCUGUUACUGUUAAAGCGGCUCCGUACUGGAUCAUGGCACCCAGAAAUCUUGUGUUGUCCCCAGGAGAGGAUGGAAGCCUGAUCUGCCGAGCAAAUGGCAACCCCAAGCCCAGAAUUAGCUGGUUAACAAACGGAGUCCCCAUAGAAAUUGCUCCUGAUGACCCUAGCAGAAAAAUUGAUGGUGACACCAUUAUUUUUUCAACUGUUCAAGAAAGAUCAAGUGCUGUCUAUCAAUGCAAUGCUUCCAAUGAAUAUGGGUAUUUGCUGGCAAAUGCAUUUGUAAAUGUACUGGCUGAACCACCACGAAUCCUCACACCUGCAAACACACUUUACCAGGUCAUUGCAAACAGACCUGCCUUACUGGACUGUGCCUUCUUCGGGUCUCCUCUGCCCACCAUUGAGUGGUUUAAAGGAGCCAAAGGAAGUGCUCUUCGUGGUGAUAUUUAUGUCUUACAUGAAAAUGGAACUUUGGAAAUCCCCGUGGCACAGAAGGACAGCACGGGAACUUACACGUGUGUUGCGAGGAAUAAGCUGGGGAUGGCGAAGAAUGAAGUUCAGUUAGAAAUCAAAGAUCCAACGAGGAUCAUUAAACAGCCUGAGUAUGCAGUUGUGCAAAGAGGGGGGACGGUGACCUUUGAAUGUCAAGUGAAACACGAUCAGACCUUAAUCCCCACUGUCAGGUGGCUAAAGGACAACGGUGAGCUGCCCAAUGAAGACAGGUUCACUGUCAAGAAGGACCAUUUGGUGAUCACUGAUGUGGAUGAUGAUGACGGAGGAACCUACACCUGUGUGGCCAACACCACUCUGGACAAUGUCUCGGCCAGUGCUGUACUUAGCGUUGUUGCUCCCACUCCAACUCCAGCUCCCAUUUACGAUGUCCCGAACCCUCCCUUUGAUUUAGAAUUGACAAAUCGUCUUGACAAAAGUGUUCAGCUCUCAUGGACACCUGGCGAUAACAACAACAGUCCCAUUACAAAAUUCAUCAUUGAAUAUGAAGAUUCAAUGCAUGAAGCCGGACUAUGGCACCACCUGACUGAAGUGCCUGGAAUCCAGACCACGGCCCAGCUGAAGCUGUCUCCUCACGUGAACUACUCCUUCCGAGUGGUGGCUGUGAACAACAUUGGGAGCAGCCCGCCUAGUGAGGCUUCAGAACAGUAUCUGACCAAAGCAGCAGAACCAGACAAAAACCCCACGAAUGUGGAAGGACUAGGAUCAGAACCUGAUAAUUUGGUGAUUACCUGGAAGCCUUUGAGUGGCUUUGACUCUAACGGGCCAGGCCUUCAGUACAAAGUCAGCUGGCGCCAGAAAGAUGGCGAUGAUGACUGGACAUCAGUGGUAGUAGCCAACGUAUCCAAAUACAUCGUCUCGGGCACCCCGACUUUUGUCCCGUACCUAAUCAAAGUGCAGGCCCUGAAUGAGGUGGGAUUUGCCCCGGAGCCAGCUGUGGUCAAGGGACAUUCCGGAGAAGAUUUGCCAAUGGUAGCUCCUGGCAACGUGCGUGUGAAUGUGGUGAACAGUACUUUAGCCGAGGUGCACUGGGACCCAGUACCUCCGAAAAGCAUCCGUGGACACCUUCAAGGCUACCGGAUUUACUACUGGAAGACACAGAGCGCACCUACAAGGAGCAGGCGUCACCUUGAGAAAAAGAUCCUCACUUUCCAGGGCAGCAAGACCCACGGCAUGUUGCCAGGACUGGAGCCCUUCAGCCACUACACACUGAAUGUGCGAGUGGUCAAUGGGAAAGGGGAGGGCCCAGCCAGCCCCGACAGUGUCUUCAAUACUCCAGAAGGAGUCCCCAGUGCCCCGUCCUCUCUGAAGAUCAUUAAUCCCACGCUGGACUCGCUCACCUUAGAAUGGGACCCACCAAACCACCCAAAUGGCAUUUUGACUGAGUACACCUUGAAAUACCAGCCAAUUAACAACACACAUGAAUUAGGUCCACUUAUAGAUGUAAAAAUUCCUGCCAACAAGACACGCUGGACUUUAAAAAAUUUAAAUGUCAGCACUCGCUACAAGUUUUAUUUCUAUGCACAAACAUCGGCAGGAUCAGGAAGUCAGAUAACAGAGGAAGCAAUAACAACAGUGGAUGAAGGUAAGAUGGCAAUGGCAAGCCGGCAGGUGGAUAUUGCAACCCAGGGCUGGUUCAUUGGUCUCAUGUGUGCUGUUGCUCUGCUCAUCUUAAUUUUGCUGAUUGUUUGCUUCAUCAGAAGAAACAAGGGUGGUAAAUAUCCAGUGAAAGAAAAAGAAGACGCUCACGCUGACCCCGAAAUCCAGCCUAUGAAGGAAGAUGAUGGAACUUUCGGAGAAUACAGUGAUGGAGAGUACCAAAGGCCUUCAAAAAAAGGAAGUCGAACACCUUCAGAAAGAACUGUGGACAAAGCGGGCAGUGAUGAUAGCCUAGUUGACUAUGGAGAGGGCGUGAAUGGCCAAUUCAAUGAGGAUGGCUCCUUUAUUGGACAAUAUAGUGGUAAGAAAGAAAAAGAGCCAGCGGAAGGAAAUGAGAGCUCAGAGGCGCCCUCUCCUGUCAACGCCAUGAAUUCCUUUGUCUAAUUUUUAAGUUCUUUGCCAGUUUCCUUUUCUCUAGAAUGCUUAUCUUAAGCAACUGGGAUUGUCAGUCCUCUCAUAACUAUGAACAUAUAGGCAGAAAAGACACUUUCUACUGUAUGUUAUUAUUAUGAGAACCGUUAAAGCAAGAAUAUAACUUGGUCAAAUGAUAUUUUAAUGUGAACUGAAGUGAAAAGUGCAUACAUACUUUUUUGUUCAAAAGUGCGUACUCUUGGUUUCUUCUGAACUGAUACAAUACUGCAAUGCCAUCAACAGAUCAUGUUAUUUCCUCUUAAGGACGCAGUUCUAUCUGAUGCAUGACCAAUGCCACACCUUUAAAGGACAUCCUGUGUCUGUUAUUAAAACAUGGUUUGAUACUUUGUUUAUAUACUGUCUUCCGCUGAACCCUUAAAUAUGAAUUCCGUUUUCAUUGUC